UGAAUUUUGGGUGACAGUAAAACUGACUUUUUCUAAAUGGACGCUUUUUUUACUAACUUUUCACCAUCUGAGGGGUUGUUCACCAACAGUCUCGUAAAGCGGAAGAAGCACACAAAGAUGGUUCGUCUACCUCCAAAAAACUACAAAAGAAGAAGAAAUGCGGAAAAAAUCAUUCAAAAUUGAACUCUGUUAUCAAGUUUCGUGGAUAAAAAAGAGAAUAACUGAUAAAUGGAGGAAGACUUUGUUUUCAAGUAAUUUGAUCAUCCAAUUGAAUUACCACAUGGAGUUUGAUGUUGGAAAAGAGUUUGAGGAGGAUUUGACAGGCAUAGAUGAUAGGAAAUGUAUGACCACUGUAAACUGGGAGUGUGAUAAACUGGUGUGUGUUCAGAAAGGAGAGAAGGAAGGAAGAGGCUGGAUCCAAUGGGUUAAAGGGAAUGAGUUACAUGUGGAAAUGCGGUCCUGUGGGGUGGUGUGUAAACAGGUUUUUAAAAAACAAGUAGGCAUACUUGACUAAAUGUGCCUUGAAGAUGAAACAUUUUUAUGAAGUAUAAUU